GGCCACCACCUAUCGCGGGGCUUUGUCUCCGCCUUCCACCCGCGGAAACUUUGCUUGGCGUUAACGGGAGAGGAUGGAGCCGGGGGAGCCCCUCAACCGGUCCCAGGAGGGGGCAGAGGCGCCCCGCGGGGACUUCAACGCUUCCGGGCUGCCGGAGGCGGAGGGGAAGCCCCUCUUCGGCAUCGGCAUCGAGAACUUCAUCACCCUGAUCGUCUUCGGCUUGAUCUUCGCCCUGGGGGUGCUGGGCAACUCGCUAGUGAUCACGGUGCUGGCUCGCAGCAAGCCAGGCAAGCGUCGCAGCACCACCAAUAUCUUCAUCCUCAACCUGAGUAUCGCCGACCUGGCCUACCUGCUCUUCUGCAUCCCUUUCCAAUCCACGGUCUACGUUCUGCCUACCUGGGUGCUGGGCGCCUUCAUCUGCAAGUUCAUCCAUUACUUCUUCACCGUUUCCAUGUUGGUGAGCAUCUUCACACUCUCGGCCAUGUCUGUGGACCGCUAUGUGGCCAUCGUGCACUCGCGGCGCUCCUCCACCCUGCGCGUCCCCCGCAACGCACUGCUGAGUGUCGGGCUCAUCUGGGCUCUCUCCUUUGCCAUGGCCUCGCCAGUGGCUCACCACCAGCGCCUCUUCCACCGCAACGGCAGUGACCAGACCUUCUGCUGGGAGCACUGGCCCAACCCUCGCCACAAGAAGGUCUAUGUGGUCUGCACCUUUGUCUUCGGUUAUCUGCUCCCCCUGCUGCUCAUCUCUUUCUGCUAUGCCAAGGUUCUUAAUCAUCUUCAUAAAAAGCUGAGAAACAUGUCGAAGAAGUCAGAAGCCUCCAAGAAAAAGACAGCACAGACUGUGUUGGUGGUGGUAGUGGUUUUUGGCAUCUCCUGGCUGCCGCAUCAUGUGAUUCAUCUCUGGGCUGAAUUUGGAGUUUUCCCACUGACUCAAGCCUCAUUUCUCUUCAGGGUAGCUGCACACUGCCUGGCUUACAGCAAUUCUUCUGUAAACCCAAUUAUAUAUGCAUUUCUCUCUGAAAAUUUUAGAAAGGCCUACAAACAAGUUUUCAAGUGCCAGAUAGGUAACGAAUCACCUCUGAAUGAUGCUAAAGAAAGUAAGAGUCGGAUAGAUACACCACCAUCUACCAACUGUACACAUGUGUGAACUUUAGAAAGUUCUGUUUGCUGGCUCUUCAGCUGUGUGAAUGAACGACACUUCUGGAAAACAAAGCACAAUGAGCUUUAUCACAGCUUUUUCUUGAUAAAGCUAAUAGGUAUUUAAGGUAAUGAAGUUGCAUUUGUAGCAAAUGUUCAUGAAACUGGUAGGAAGGAAAACCGGGCUGGUCCUUUGUAUUGUACCUUUGCCAAAUGAAGCUCCUGACCUUUGAAAGAUAAUUCAGAAACAAAACAUUGGUGAUGAUUUGUGCGUGUUCCUAUUCAUUAAGCAUAAUGUGUAUAAGCAUUCAAAUGUAACAUACAAGAAGUACUCGUUGAUAUGGAUAAAUCACUGAACUUUCUCACAUCUUACUCCAUAGAACAAAGAGAUGGCUAAAUUUUCUGACUCACAGAUAAUAAAUACUGUGGUACUACAAUUUCGGAGAGGAAAAGUUUCAUUCUCUGUUCAGGUUGUUUUGACAAUGUCUUUUCCCUUUUUAAAGUAAAGAUGGGAUCUGACUUUGAGUUGAAAUAACCCACAUACAAUUUGAGACAAUUGCUUUAGAGAGGCAACACUGAUUUUAUCUGUUCAGCUAUCUUUUUAAUGUAACAUGGUGAAUGAUGAUGUACUUUUUACCGCUUUGUAUGCCUGCCUUACUGCAUACACAGAACUUUUGUGUACACUAUAUAAGGUUUUGUUUAUGGCCUGUGUGAAGUUCUAUCAAAAUGAAAAUUUGUCUGAGGAAAGAUUUUCUUUAGCUGCUGCAUGUGUGUUAUGUGUGUGCGUGUGCGUGUUUUGUUAACUUUAUUGAGUCUGAAAUGGAAGUACAGUUUUAAAUGUGCAAUAUCAAUAUAUAUUUUAAAAUAUUAUGUUCCAUAAAGAAAAUCCAAGCAAUGCAUAAGUGCUUAAAAACAGCAAUCCUUUAAAAGUUCUAAUAGAGGUUUGAUACAAUGUAGCUCUAAAAUGGAAAAUUUCAGAGGGAUACAUUUAAAUCGGUACAAAGUGUGUAAUAUAAAUUAUAAAUAAAAUGUGGGAGGGCCUCAGCACUUUGAGGACAUAUUGUUAGCUGGAGUAUGAUAUGCUUUUACCAUUUAUGUUCAUGACCCACAGAAUCAUAGAGCAAAUUAGGUUGAAGAAACCUCUUGGGAUCCUCUCAAGGCAGGGCUGCCUUCACAUCCGUAUCACUUCUUGUCUAGGUAUGUUUUGAAUAUUUCCAAGGACAGCAAUUCAGCAACUCAUCAGUCAUAGCUGGGAUUUCCCUUGAUGUACCUUGCAACCAUUUCCCUCUGUCCUCUCAUCACACCCUUGAGAAGACUCUUCACUCUAACCAAACAUGCAUAAUUAUAGAUGACAAUUAGAGUUUCUCCCUAUCUUCUCCAAACUGAAAAAAUAAGGUGCAAAGUCCCUGGUCUUCCACUGGACUUGCUCCAGCUUGGCCAUCCCUCUCAUGCACUGGGACGUUCCAAAGUGGACAGCAUGUUUCUUAUGCUUUCUCAUGAGUAUUGAGUAGAGGGGACAAAACACCUUCCUUUACCCCAUCUUUUUCUAUAGAAUUGCAUUCAGCCCGAUUUUGGUUGUGGAUUUGUUGAAAUUUAUUAAUUUGAUAACUGUUGUCCAUUCUCUGGCUCACCAGGUGCUUCCAAAAGAAAACUCUGCAUUCCACUGUAUCUGUUAUCCACCCAGAUUUGACAUCACCUGUGGCUUGCAUUCAGCGCCCUUGUUCUGGUCUUUGCUGAAGAUCAUGUAGGCAUAGAAUGGGUUAGGUUGGAAGAGUCCUUACAGAUCACCUAGUUGUAACCCCCUGAUGUGGGCAGGGCCAUUACCCACCGGAGCAAGCCACUCAGGGCCCCAUAACACCUGGCCUUGAACACCUCCAAAUAUGGGGCAUCCACAGGGUUGAUCUGGGCAACAUGUUCCAAUGCCUCGCCACUCUCAAAUUUUCUUCAUAGGAGAGAUGCUCCAGCUCAGUAAUCAUCUUCACUGGACCCACUCCAAAAGCUCCACGUCCUUCUUGCGCUGGGUGCCACAGGCCUAGACUCAGUAAUCCAGAUGGGGCUUCGUGAAGGGAGAGUAGAGGGGGACAAUCACCUUCCUCUCCCUGCUGGCCACCCCUCUGUGGAUGCAGCCCUGGAUGAAGUUGGCCUUUCAGGCUGCACGAGCACACUGUUGGCUCCUGUCCAGCUUUUCAAAGAUGUUAAAUACUGUUGGACAGACGCUCUGUCAGAUGCUUUUUUUUCCACAGACUGAUCAGUUAUGGAGGGCUAGCUUACGUAAAAAUAUCUGUUUACAUGUCAGUAUUAUCUACGUGGCAUCAGUAAAAUAAUAUCAAAGACAUGCUGGUGCACACAUGACUUUUGUGUCCAAUCAUUCAUAUGAAGAAGCAGUUUGAAGUUACCGUUAGGCGCACAGUAUAUAAACAAGAAAAAAAAAAAUUGGAAAAGAAGGGCUUAUCCAUAGCACGUCCUUUUCUGGGUUUGAUUUGAUAUUAGGAAAACAUUCUAGCACAAUGUUACUGUUAUACCUAGCUUUCAGUUUUUUUCAGAUUCCAAUCACUCAAGUUAUUAAGUCACAAUCAGACCACACUUGAGUUUGUAACAUAUUUGGUGAUCUUGCAGCUUCAAAAAUUAUGUUUCUACUUUUAAAAAAUUGCUUUCUAAAAAUUAUUUGAAUAAAAAAUUACGAUGUAAAUACAAGUUUAUACAAGUAUAAAGUUAACAUGGUGAAAUUAUGAUUUCAUGAGGAAAUUGCAUUUUUUCUUGACUGUAAAUAAUUUUAAACCUAGUGACAUCAUAGCCAGUAAUAGCACUUCAUUGGUUUGAAAUUCUAAGGAUGAAGGAGUGGGGAAGGCUUGUAGUAAGAACAUGUUUAUAAUGCCCUGUCUCAUUUCUGAGUGUGUCAGUAAAAUGUGCAUCUCAGAGACGUGUUAAAAUCAUUUGCCACUCCAAAAUUCAGUUUCCUGGCUAAAACAUACCCCUUUUAGUCCGUAUCUCUAUCACGGCAUUGAUGUAUCCACUGUGACCUAGAGGAUGUUACAUGUAAAAAACAGUUUUAAAUAAUGUGAACUGUGUCUAACCCUCGAGGAGCUGGAGAGUUGUGCAGGGAUUUGUGCCAGAAACAUGGCAAAUUUGGGCAGAAAACCAGGGAACAGGCACUGAUUACCCCUGACAACAAAAUGCCUGACUACAAAUUCUGAGUUUGCUGACAGAUUAUCGUUUAUUUUGGAAGGCAAAGAAAAAGUUUCAUCACACUUGUUUUUUUAAUAUGCUUUGUUACAUAUCUGUAACAAAAAAACAUUAA